AAAUGAUUCAAUGGAUUCUUUGUUCAAAACCUAUGUCACCCUCCUCAUCCUCCUCCCUCGAUUCUUCGUGUUUUCUGCAGGACGGAAUAUAGAUCCUAAUCUUACCAAUCAUAUUGGUGGAGUCGAUUACACAAAACCGGAGAUUACGACAAAUUCUAGAGGGCAUUGGGAUAUCGAUCAUAAGAAUGUGGGUGUGGGUGCGAUGCAACUCCAAUUGAUGCCGAACGAUAGGGUGGUCUGGUUUGAUGCAACAACACUUGGGCCUUCUGCUUUAAAAUUGACUCCCAAGGGAAACUGUCCGGUUAAUAUAGAUGUAAACGACCAGCCAGAUUGUUUCGCUCAUGCGGUUUCUUACGACUGGAUUAACAGAAAAGUUAAACCCAUUGUGUUGUCAGGUGAACCAUGGUGCUCAUCAGGAAACUUGUGGCCUAAUGGUAACCUUAUGGCUACCGGAGGUACCUUCACUGGUGUAAAAACCGUUAGAAUGCUGCCUAAAGAUAAUCUGAAUGCCAACUUUAUUGACAGAAAAGGUGCUCUUGGUGACAACAGAUGGUAUGCAACUAAUCAGGUUUUGGAAGAUGGGAGAGCAAUAGUGGUAGGCGGUCGGGACGCCUUCAGCGUAGAGGUCGUGCCACCAUCACUAGACUUCAAACCCAUGAGAUUCGACUUGCCUUUCCUCAAAGAAACAUGUACCCCUCCUAAGGGACUUUACCGAUUCAUCGAAAACAAUCUCUACCCGUUUGUUUACCUACUUCCUGAUGGAAAUGUAUUCAUUUUCGCCAACGAUCGCUCCAUCCACUUAAACCCUUUAACAGGAAAGAUUAUAUUAGAAUAUCCUAGGUUACCAGGGGGAUCGCGAAACUACCCGGCCUCCGGUGUGUCUGCUAUUCUUCCCCUCAAAAUGUCCGAAGACAAUUCGCAUCCUCUUAACGUUGAAGUCGUUGUUUGUGGUGGUAACAAUCCGGAGGCAUUUGAAAUGGUUGAUGCAAAGCCUGCCCAGCAAAAGGUUUUUGUUCCAGCUUUAAGAGAUUGUCAUAGAAUCCAUCCAAUGAUGAUGAAUGCUGCAAAAUGGGAACAAGAAGAAGAUAUGCCAACACCAAGAGUGAUGGGUGAUAUGUUACACCUUCCAACAGGAGAGCUCAUCAUCCUAAAUGGCGCUAAAAAGGGUGUUGCUGCCUGGGAGAAUGCUAUAGAUCCUAACUUUACCCCACUCAUAUAUUCUCCUUUUAAGCCUAUGGGUCAAAGGUUUAAAGAAAUGCGUCCUACAAGUAUUGCUAGGAUGUACCAUUCCAGUGCAGCAUUGCUACCUGACACAAAGAUCUUGGUCGUUGGCAGCAACCCUCACCAGUUCUACACUUUCAAUGUCCCGUACCCGACAGAGUUGCGAGCCGAGAAAUUCCACCCUCCGUACUUGGACAAAGCACUCAACAAAGACAGGCUUGAAAUCAAUGCCGCUUGUACUGAUAAGGUGUUGAAGUAUGGAGCACCUUUUAAGGUAACAGUCACAUUCAAAUCUAAAAUACAGUUGAAGCUCGGUGAGGCUAAGAUAACCAUACUUUACCCACCAUUUACAACUCAUGGUUUCUCCCAAAAUCAAAGACUUAUUGUUCCUCCGAUUAAGAAGAUUGAAAAUAACGUUAUCACCGCACUCGCGCCACCGUCAGGAAAGAUUGCGCCACCUGGUUACUAUGUGUUGUUUGUCAAUCGCCUUGGGGUUCCUGGACAGGGUAUUUGGGUCCAUAUUGACUAGUAAAGGUCUUUGUGUUGUUGCAAGCAUAUAAAGUUUUUGAGCUUUUCCUAUGUAUCUUAUUCGAAAUGUAGUUUAUAGUGAUGAAUUAAGGGACACACUUGGCUUUCAUGACCUUGUUAAGGGGAAAUGUAUAACUAGUUUCGGUCGUAAUGCUAGUUGUAAAAUAGUAUGUAAAGUUUACUUACAUAAUUACAUUUAUAAAAAUACUGGACACCAGUUACUUGCUCUUAA